AUGCCAGGGGUAACUAAGUACAAUCUGGUAGAUGACGUGCACGAUCUGAGGAUCCCCAUGCACAACGAGGAGGUGUUCCAGCACGGGGUCUGCUUCGAGGCAAAGUACAUCGGCAGUUUGGAGGUGGGUCGUCCUGGGAGUCGGAUGGAGAUUGUCGCCGCGAUGAGGCGAAUCAGAUAUGAAUUCAAACUGAAGAAUAUAAAGAAGAAGAAGGUCAACAUUGUCGUGUCCACCGAUAGUGUAAAAGUGAUUCUACGCAAAAAGAAGAGAAAAGGGUGUUCAUGGGAUGAGAAUACCUUCCUGGUGACACAGGAUCCCAUCCACAGGAUAUUCUAUGUCUCACAUGAUGCUCAAGACUUGAAGAUCUUCAGUUACAUAGCCAGAGAAGGACAGAGCAACAUCUUCCGCUGCAACGUGUUCAAGUCAAAGAGGAAGUCUCAGGCCAUGAGGAUCGUGAGGACGGUGGGUCAGGCGUUUGAUGUGUGUCACCAGCUGAACCCGCAGGAGAAAACCGACGACCAGAAGGAUGAGGAGGGGAAGGACGAGGGGUCAGAGGCGGUGCCAGCGAAGAAGAGGUUUGCGUUGUCAGAAGAGGCCGACCUUGAAGCCACUACAGAGGAGAGCAUCGAGUGCGUCUCUUCAUCCGACCCGGAGAAGAGUAAAAAAGACGAGGCCCUUGGUAACGAUGUGAAGGUGUGUGAUGACCCUUCUCCUCUGCUGGGUUCUCCCAUCCUCGGGGCGUCUGUGUCGGGUCAGUUGACAGCUGAGGCUCCCUGCUCUGCGGAGCACCACGUCCAGCUCCUUCAGAAACAACUGCAGCAGCAGGAACAGCAGGCGCUGGCAGCCGGAGCGCAGGUUCAUGUGCUCCAGGAGCAGCUGUCGGUGGAGGUGUGUGCACGGACCGAGGCCCAGUCCAGAGUGCAGAGGCUGCUGCAGCAGAACACUGACCUGCUGCAGCACAUUUCCCUGCUGGUCAAACAGAUCCAGGAGCUGGAACUCAAAGCUGCCGGCCAAUUGACAUCCAUGGGCUCGCAGGACAGCCUCCUGGAGAUCACCUUUCGCGCCAAGCCUCCCCAGCGUGAACUGCUCACCCUGUCUUCAUCGAUAGGCCAUUUAGCCUCUCAGUCUCACCUCCAGAUCUGUGACAGUGCCUGGGUCUCCGCCCUCCCCGGGCCCUGCUCUCCAGGCACCAUGGCUGCCGACACCAGCCCUCUGGGACUGAGUGGCGGUGGAGUUCGACUCGAGUGCUUCCGCUUCUCCUCCCGGGGGCCAGACAGCCAGGAGCAGGGCCUGGACGCGGGGGAGACGCCCAGCGACGGAGCCCCGGAUGAGAUCUCGCUACUCGGGGAGCAGGUCCUCGGAGCCCUGGAGCUGCUGCGGUUCAGGGAGUCAGGGAUCGGAUCAGAGUACGAAUCAAACACAGAUGAGAGCGACGACCGAGACAGCUGGGGACAGGGGGAGGGCAUAGGGGCCGACGGUGCAGCUCGACUCUUAAACGUGCUGAAUGCAGAGAGUCUGUCGGACUGCUUAGGGGAUGAGGUGGCUGUGUAG